CCCGCCAGAUCCAUCUCCGCAUCCUUGCCGACAAGGGGCUCGCAGCCACCAUUCUUCCAGGUCGUCCGCCGGCUGUUACGCCCUGUCUAUCCGCACCGUGUGGCCACCGUCCCUUAAUACGCCCAUCAGUCGGUUCUCUCCUCGCUGUGGCUGAUCUUGAAGUACGCCCGCGUUCGUGCUGCACUUGUCCUUCGACCAAGCCCAUACCCCGUCCGCCCCCAGGCUCCGCCAUCCUUUCAGUUGCCCAGCAUGAAUCACGACGCACCUCAGACUUGGCAGGUCGCCGGCGUAGUUAGCUUCUACAUGGGUGCUGCUCUUGUCAUGGUCUUUGUCAACAAAGCUGUCUUGAACUCCUCCCCGGACCUGCCGCUUUUCUUCCUGCUCAUCCAGCUUACGCUCGCGGUAGUGCUCCUCCAUGGGGCCGCCUUCAUCACGAAGCGUGUCGAGAUUCCAAAGCUUGAGCUGAAGACGGCCAAAAAGCUGGCGCCAGUGACCAUCGUCAACGUCGUGGGCCUCGUGUUCAACAUCCUAUGCCUUCGCGGCGUCGACGCCUCUUUCUUCCAGAUCGCUAGAGGGAUGGUUCUACCCCUCACAAUCAUCGUGUCGUCUAUUCAUGGUCGCUCCCUCCCUUCUAUGAGGGUCCUCUUCGCGGCAGCGAUCGUCACCGCCGGAUUCUUCAUCGGCGUAGCACCGAGCUCUGCGUCUACCGAUCGCUGGCAUGAGGCCCCCAGCCGCCUUUCCAUCGCAUACGGCGUCCUAUCGUCGCUCUUCAUCGCGAUACACGCCGUCCUCAUCAAGUACUCGCUUCCGUACGCCGGAAACUCUACGAUCCAGCUUGCGUACUGGCAGAACCUUGGCUCUGCGCUCCUUCUCGGACCGUUCAUCCUCCUCCAGGGCGAGCUCUCGAGCCUCUCGCAGCUCAUCCGCACCCCGGAAUGGAACGCCGAGGUGUUCGUGUGGGGCAGCAUCGUGACGGGUGUCUUCGGCUUCCUGCUAUGUGUCGCCGGGCUGCUCAGCAUCAAGGUUACGAGCCCAGUCACCCAUAUGUUCUCUAGCGCCGCCCGCUCCGCCAUCCAAACCCUCCUCGGCGUCUGGCUCUUCCACGACUUGUUCACUGCGAAUCGCGCCAUCUCUAUCCUCGUAAUCGCCGUCGGGACGAUGUACUACACAUGGGUCAAGUCCGUCGAGGCCGCACCAGCCCCGGCACGCGCGGCGCCCGCGAUCCCGAAGGACGACGUCGAGGCGAGCGCUGGCAUACAGCUCGACGAGAUCGAGGGCGAGGUCCACGAUUGGCAGGACGAGAAGAGGCGGCAGGCCGCGUAGCGGCCGCACACGCCGCCCGAUUCUCAGGAUAUCCUAGCGCUGUCCGGUGGCUGCGGCUCUGGCAACCUUGUUGGCCAUUACCCGACACCGAGGUGAUGGGGGCGACUUCGCUGCGACAGCGGUCGCGCCCACGGACGCUUGUAUUGAUGUUUGGCACGACACUUUGACGAACUGUACUACCUAGACGACCGCCCAAAACAAUGAAUACAUACC